UUAUAUACAGAAAAUUAGACAAUUGCUUCUUUUUAAGAUAUUAGAUCUUUUGUUAAUAUGGAUUUAUUUAUAUAUUCACUCGGCAUUAUACAACAUUAAUAUGCUUCUGUGUUCAAUAGAUAUGUUACCAACAUAUUUAGAAUCGUUAUCAAAUAUUGGAAUAUAUGGUAUAGAAAUGAAUGACGUUUGUGUAAAAGUGAGUCUGAUAAAACGAAUGCGAUAAUAUACAUAAAAUACAAGAAGUUCAGAAAAUUGUAUCCAGGAAAAUACAUUCUAUGUCUGAGUUGGAAAGUAAUAUAAAUUAUGACGAUAUAUGCGGACCUUGGAAACUUGACAGUGUACCGUUGGAUAGUCCGUGCAAUUUAUCUUUUAAAUUGAUAACGCCUGAAGAUGUAACUUAUAUGAGAAAGCAGAAAGAUCAAAAAUCAAUUUUGCUAUUUCUCGAAAAAAAAUUUUUAGCUGAUAUACUGUACAAAGAGGAAAACAAAGAGAUACUUGUAAAAUUUCUAUGGCAAAUUUUUAGAUUUUUCAAGAAGAAUCUAUUUACUGACGAACAAAUUGCGACAGUUAUGAGUUAAUGCUUUAACUCACAAUUUGUAUCUUGUAAACUAUUAGAAUACAGCUGAGGAAACAUAUAAAUAUUUUUUCGAGCGCGUUC